CGGAAGUGCCCGCCCCGGCCCCGCCUCCGCCCCCUGCCUUGAGUGAGCUGGGUGUUUCCUGCCUCUCAGUCCGGAUUUGGAGACUCCGGUGUCCUCCGACUUUUCAUGGAAGAGAUGUCAGGAGAAAGCGUGGUGAGCUCAGCGGUGCCAGCGGCUGCUACCCGCACCACUUCCUUCAAGGGCGCCAGCCCCAGCUCCAAGUACGUGAAGCUAAACGUGGGGGGGGCCCUCUACUACACCACCAUGCAGACGCUCACCAAGCAGGACACCAUGCUGAAGGCCAUGUUCAGCGGGCGCAUGGAAGUGCUCACCGACAGUGAAGGCUGGAUCCUCAUCGACCGCUGCGGGAAGCACUUCGGGACAAUCCUCAACUACCUUCGCGACGGCGCUGUGCCCUUGUCCGAGAGCCGCCGGGAGAUCGAGGAGCUGCUGGCGGAGGCCAAGUACUACCUGGUGCAGGGCCUGCUCGAAGAGUGCCAGGCGGCCCUACAACAGAACAAAGACACUUACGAGCCCUUCUGCAAGGUGCCUGUCAUCACAUCCUCCAAGGAAGAGCAGAGGCUCAUAGCAACGUCAGAUAAGCCGGCCGUGAAGCUGCUCUACAAUAGAAGUAACAACAAGUACUCCUAUACCAGCAAUUCCGACGACAAUAUGUUGAAAAACAUCGAACUGUUUGAUAAGCUCUCCCUGCGCUUCAAUGGGAGGGUCCUGUUCAUAAAGGAUGUCAUCGGGGAUGAAAUCUGCUGUUGGUCAUUUUACGGCCAGGGCCGAAAAAUCGCUGAAGUCUGUUGUACCUCCAUUGUCUACGCCACCGAGAAGAAGCAGACCAAGGUUGAGUUCCCUGAAGCCCGCAUUUAUGAGGAGACCCUGAAUAUCUUGCUGUAUGAGGCCCAGGAUGGCCGAGGACCUGACAAUGCCCUCCUGGAGGCCACAGGUGGGGCAGCUGGACGCUCGCAUCACCUGGAUGAGGACGAGGAGCGGGAGCGGGAGCGGAUUGAGCGAGUGCGGAGGAUCCACAUCAAGCGCCCAGACGACCGGGCCCACCUCCACCAGUGAGCAGGCGGGAGCAAGCCUGCCUUCCACCCUCCCUCUGCCCCUGCCCCCUCAGACCCUGUGCAGGCUUUGGGGCACCUCCCACUUCCCCUGGAGUCUGAGACACUUUUGUAACAAGUCAGAUGAUUAUUUUGUUAUUUCUUGACAAAGCAGAUUGCUUCUGUGUUGACCCAGGUGUGCACCCCUUCUGAACAAGCUGUGUCUAAGGGGGGCCCCACUUCGGAGCCUGGCUUUCUGGGCUCUUGGAGGAAAAGUAUGAGUGAGUCUGGCGUGUGUGUGAGAACCUUUGUUGCAUAUUUAUUUUUAUGGUGUUGACUAUUAGGGCUCCUUAGGCGACUUAAGGACUUAGUGUGGCAGUUUUGAGGGACUGUGGGGUUGGCAGCCAGUCACCAAGGUGUCUGUGAGCAGCCUGGCCCGUUGCUUUCCUGGGGAUCAGCUCUGUAUGCGGUUUGUGACUGGCGCCCCUUGGUCAGCAGUGGAAGGGGGACUGAGUGUGCCCAAGCCUGUCCAGGGUCCCUCAGUGCAGCGGGCACGCUGCCAGCCAGGGAGCAGACCAGUUCCUGGCAGUGGGCUGCUCUCUCGGCUGUGGUACCAGGUCAGGACACUACGGAGUUUGCAGUGACUCCUGUGGUUUCCCCUCAGCUCCCGUCAGGUGGUUUCUGUGCAGAAUAGAGUAGGUGUGCAGAUACCUUUGGGUCUUGUUUGUGUUCAGGGAAUGUGUGUGACUGUUGGGGACGUGUGACUGACUGUAGGGCGCAGGCGCUCAGGAGGACGACUGCCCGUUAGCUCCAGUCUGCUCUGCGCAGAGGAGCUGCGGAUGAAGGGCGGUUGAGUAGACGAGUUCCAUGGUUAGGUGAGUGGUGGGAUGGAUUGCUGCUUGAUAGGGAAAGUGUUGCUGUUUUUGACCAAAGGUAUUGAUUGAGGGGGUGAUCUGACAUGUUUUAAAACGUUUCUAUUUUGCGACGACGGUUUGAACAGCUCGCUUUGUACGUGACAGUUGUAUGCCUUUAAAGCUUUUUCUUGUAUCUGACAGCAAAGCCUACAUAUGAUAAAUGUUCACACAGUCCCGACUGGAUCGAGGAACCACAUAUGGGGUACAUGCUUUUUAACGGUGUGGGGUGAACUUUUGUAUAAAGAGCCGAGAAAGGGAGAUUACAGAUCAUGUUUCCUACGUUUUUAUACUGUUUGUCUUCAACGUCAGCUAAACUGAAUGUCAGUCCUGGUGUCUUCUGUAGGAAUGGGAAAGCCAUGAUCCACCGUUUAAGUUCCUGUGCAGAACGGCCGAGCAGCACAAUCUGACUUGCCUGGGCCUCUGGCCUUAGGUUACUGGUUUGGCAGCUUUCUCUACCUUCCUCUAGCCUCAAACCUGUGCCUGUAGCUCUGUGCCUCCACUCCCAGGGGUAGGAACAGACGUAGCGAACAUUCCAUGGUGCCUGAAACCCAACCAGCGCCCAUCUCCAAAGCUCUGCCUCAGGUCCCACUGCUGGCGUGAAGGGCGGUAGUCAGCGUUUCCAGGUCACCAUCCAGUGAGUCGCUGUGAGAAGAGUGAACUUUGCACGCUAAGGGCUCACAAUUCACUGUCGGGGGGGGGGGGGCCUGCACCCUGCACCCCAGCAGGUCUGACACAGCUUCCUGUUGCCUGCUGUGGAAGAUGGGCUGUCUGACCUCUCUGGAGGCUCAGAUCCCAUCCAAGGGCCACGUCCCAUACCUGCUUCUCAGUGUUGGCGUUCAGCCCUCCCCAGAGUGCGUGCAGGCCAGAGGGCUCCAUUCAGUCCCUGGUCACAGAGUCACAUCACUACCUUCCUGCCUCUGCACUAUAAAACCAUGCUGGGAGUUUUAGAAGUGCUCACUCUUGUACAAGCGUCUGCGGACACAUGUAAAAUAAACGUUAAACUCUGCUUCUCCUC